CCAGAGCGUCACCAUCCACCAAUUCCCCAUCCAUGGCCUGAUGCCCGAUGCCCCCGCCGAUCAUGUGAGUCUGGAGAAGUGUCCCUCUCUUCCUUGGCCACUCAGCAUUGUUCGGAAUCAUUCUCUCCUCAAUUUGAUCUUUUGUGCACCGUUUUUUGCUGCUUUACUGCGUUUUCUAUGCUUACCCACGAUUUCAACAUGGCUCCUUUCCGCAACUUCUUGACCAGAAAGUCCGCGCCGAAUGGCGGGGAAGCCAACACCAGCGAUAGCAACCAUCUGUCGACGGAGAAUCCGAAUGCACGUCCUGCGAGUAUCAGGACGAGCAGCGAAAAUGCGCCCAAUGAAUUUAAACUCAGUGUUGUCGAUGACAACGGCGAAUAUCUUCCGCCCUCACCACCAGAGAAGCAAAGUUUCUGGAAAAAAUACCCGGGUUCGCCGAGGUCGUCGAACCACCGGGACUUGGUCGAUGACAAUGAACCAUUUUCCAUAUCCCGCGAAUCAUUCGACUCAUAUCGUCGCUCGUUUGAUAUCUCCGCCCGCUCCCCGGUGAGCUAUACAGAUGCGUUGCCCUCUCGAACUUCCCUCGACUCGCGAUUCUCCCAUCUAACCUCCGCAUCGUCGCAACGGCUAAACGGGUUCGAAAAACCGAGAGCAAUGGAGGAUGAACACUUCGAAGAAGUGGGCCUUGACGACGACGUCAAGCCCAAGAAAAAGGGCAUCUUUGCCCGUUUCAGCGACUUCUCCAACGACAACCAGUCCCCCAAAACACCCUCAUCACACCUGGGAUUCCACAUCCCAGGCAGAAAACGAACACAGAGUGGUGUGGGAUCAGAGAUGGGCUCUUUGAAGCCCCCUAUUUCCACCGUUACCAGAGCAGAUGUCGAUGGCACUUCAUGAAACACGUAUGACAUGUCGGCGAAAUGCUUCUAUUUUUGGGAAUUCCUCGGGUGUUUCUGGGUUGCCUUUUCUUUUCUUUCUUUCUCCGUUUAUAUAGGGCUUUGGUUUACGAGGAUUCAUGCUCAUAUUAUUGCUCACAUGGUCUUUUUCAUGCCGUUGCCCUGUUAGAUAUAUUUCCUUUUGUCUCCUGGCUCAGACAAGGUCACUGUUGCACAUAACUGGGGUAAUUUCUGGCUGUAGUACAGUCCACCCAGACAUUGGUAGUGUAGAUUAGCUAUAUAAUUCUUUUCAGUUCUCUUCAGCAAUAAAUUUAAUUAAUAUCUUUAGAAUAAUUCCAUAGAAAUCCCAUUGAUUUACUCCAAA